AUGGCUCCAUGUCCACCAGAGUAUGCUAAAAAAAGACUAAGUGUGAUCCGAUUCCCUGUCAAUAUCCAGAAUUACAACCUUCAGUCUCAACGCAAAGUAUACGAUGUCUUUGCUAAAGAGAUGUCUGAGACGCCAGGGUUCAGAAAUUCAUACAUUAUGUUUGAAGGUUACUCUGUUCACGGGGUCAAGUUGGUUCCCAGCGAAUCUAGUGCCUUCCCACAUCGCGAUGAUAAUAUAAUUAUUGCUCCUGUGGUAACCUACGAUAACAAAGCCAAUAAUCCAGAACUAGACGCAAAAGCAAAUGCAUUUGGAGAGAAACUACGUCAGACCAUAAUUGCUGCUCGCGGUCAGAAAGAGUUGCACACAUAUGUUAACUACGCAUCUGGCGGCGAGACGCGCGAAAAUAUGUAUGGGUUUGGGCCAUGGAGACUGCAGAAACUGGCAGCCCUCAAGAAGAAAUAUGACCUAGAACAAAAAUUAAACUACUAUGCCUCCGUGUUCUAA